ACCGAAGGUAGGUCGCGCACUUCUCUCUCUCUUUGCAGCCCUGCAGGCCUGAAUCUGUUUUAAGGCACGAUUGAAUGACCAGUUCCUUCGAAUGUCCGCAGUUCUCGUCCCGAACUAGCCCGACACUCACAAACACCGACCUACCAUACUCCGACAAUUCCAAUCCCGUCUUUCUGGCCUUGGCAGGUUCGCCUCCCCUCACACCGACUGCGCUUUCGAGUAACCCCGCACAUGAGUCCGGUGCCAGCUACCGUCACGAUCAUGCUCCUCGAUGCGAUGCGGUUCAUACCACGACUGGAAGUCUCACUCGCGGUCCAUCGAAGUGGAUGAAAUCGACAAUACAUAUUGAGGGGCUGGCUCAUGUACAUUUCCAUCAAGCGGGCUGUGUCUGGCUUGGUCAUGAUGGUUGUGGAGAUGGAAUUCCCUGUUGUAACUUGCUGCGAUUUAGGGUACAGGUUGCUGAUUGGAGACCUGGAGCUUCCUGGGCUGUAAACAGCGCCCAUUUUACACAGGGCCUUUGCUCAUGAAUACACCGAGUGCAGGAUUCAGCCUACCCUUCAUAAAUAUUUUUCCAUUAUUGAUUACAUCUGAGGUGAAGUCGCCUCGAUUUCCCUUUUAUAUGCUGUGGGACAUGGACUGAAGGGUGUGGGUAGGUUGGCUUUUGAGUCUGGAAGGUACCUCGGAUUCAAUCUUGACAUUGGUUCACUAGAUGCGCUGUUCCCCUUGGCAAUGCCAUUUGCUUGUUUGGGACUUGGACUCUCUUGGUAAUUACAUCCCACUUAAACACUUAUCCUACUCUUUUUGAACGGCCGUUAUGAUUGGAAGGCUUCCAUGAUAUUGUACAUUAGGCCGUUCCCCUCCCGAUAUUUCUAUCAGACUGCCUCUCCCCCCCAGCCACGAUCACUCUGUGCCCCCUCAACUAAGACUCUGGAGUUAAAAGAAAGAGACCGACCCACAGAAAAGACCUCGGAUAGAAGCACACGAACUUGUGCUAUUUCUUUCUCUAUAGCCCGCACCGUUGCUUUGGGCGGUUCGGCCAUAGUCGAAGGGGUUCUACUUUGGCACGGAAAGAACUAAGUCCUGUCAUCCUUGAGGAGCAUCAACGACAUCAUGAGCGACGUACAACCUGCAUUCAACACCGCCCUCCGCCGGGUCAACGCCACAGUGCUUCGUGUGAAUCAACGCCGAGAAUGCAUCAUGGGUGCUAAAGUUCUUCCUAAUCAUGAGGGUACAGUGGGCGUCACCUUGCAAACGUGGUAUUCAGAACACCAUCGAGUCAACUACAUCUCUAAGGACAUGCUAGUGGCUCUCGGAUGGAACUAUUACACUCCGGACCUUGGCAGAACUCUGAACCCACGGGGAGGUGUCUUCAAACCUGUUGGAUGGGUCGAUCUUUACGUGCAACAGCCAACUUCCCCGUUCGAUUGGAAAUUUGUUCAAUUCCAUGUCCUUGACGAACCCCUUGGGAUUGAAGUGUUCGACACCCUCGGCCAGCCCCGGAGAUUUGAUCUCAUUAUCGGCGAGGCCAGCUGCGCUCAGCUCUUGGGUAACGCUUUCGACUACCAGCAGUACAACUUCGACCCCGAGGGUUUUGAACAGCAAAGGCAAUACGACUAUGCUCUUUGGGAGCAGCAGCAGCUUGAGAUAUUGAACAGGGAGCAACAAGAUUACGGUCGCUGUGAUUGGAACAUUUUCUCUCUAAAUCAGCGGGGGCAUCCACAGGCGCUCUUUUGGCUUCGGGAUUUCAUCAAGUCAGUGCUUUUUACGACGCGGGGGAUAUAUAAGGAGAUUGAUUUUAGGGCGGACUUCUGCGUGUUCUGAUUUACAAUUCCUAUCGUGCUAUUACACGCACGUUAACCCCGUUUAACGUUUCUUAAACCAACCCUUCUAACACCUGUAUCAUUCGACCUCCCCAACACGACUACCUCCCGACACUUUAUUAUACGGUGAAGAAGAUCCCACUGAUGUCAAGCUAUUACUAUUGUCGCUCUUGCCAGUUUUACUAGUCGAGGUUUUGGCUUUAUUUGGAAUUUUGGAGGAUUUCUUUCUCUUAUUUAGCUAGAAAUAGCAGAAUCGUUGUACGCAACGAGAAUAAAAAAAAAAAAAAAAACCAAGACAAAUGACUGUUGUUGCAA